CAAAUAUCGUUCGUAGCUUUUUAUGCCACAUUUGGAAAUAAGUAAACCGAUUCAUUGUUUUAUUGUUCUUUCUUUAAUUGAGACAACGAAAACAGCUAAGUAUAGCAUCACAUAACAGAGAUACAUAGAUCAUAAAAUGAUCCUAUUAAAAGAUAAUUACAUUUUAAAAAGCAGUGUGGUAUAUCAUUCGUAUAAACAUAAUUAUUCAGCUGCUUCAAUGAGAAGUUCUAACAUUUCUGAGAGCCCAGCCCUGUGUGUUAAUAGCAGUGAUUUCAUCUUGUAUAUCCCCGUUUUUACUCAAUGACGAGACAAUGGACACCAUCACAUAUUUUACAUCAAUUUAAGUGGCAUUAAAUGCAUUAGAUAAUUGAGGGUAUUCAGAGCGGAACUAAAGUGUUGUUCUCACAGUUGUUACAUCUAAACAUGCCCCCCGAUGAGGCGGUGAUGCUCUCUGCAGCCCACUGACGGAGCUCUGACACAACUGAUGGAUGCACGAUUGUUGGCAAUGGUGUUUUAAUGUGAAAUAACAACGGGGAUAAAUGGAGAGAACGGGACCUGCAGUGUAAACGCCAGAGACCUAACACAAAGUUGAGUUUAUCCGACGUGUUGCCACAAGCUAGCACCACAGACUGCUAGCUCCUCGUUAAGCUAGCCAGUAGGUAAGGUUAGCCGGGUGGCUAAUGCUAGCUGGCACGUCUAUUUUUAGUGGAGCUCAUUGCCAUUCGUGGGGAAACUCCUUAGGCAAUUAGUUUUGUCAACUAAAUCCGUCAGGGUUUUGUGUUUCAUAUGAUCUCGCAGCGCUAGUUGUCUGUUCCAAAAUGUCCACUACUUCGUUGGAUAAAGAGUUACAGGAGCGUCUGAGAGAGGCGUCUGCCAUCGGGGACAUCGACGAAGUGCGGACACUGGUGGACAGUGGAGUGAAUGUUAACUCACAGAACGAGAUAAAUGGCUGGACAUGUCUGCACUGGGCAUGCAAGAGGAACCAUAAGCACAUAGUGUCCUACCUACUCAGUUAUGGGGCUGACAAAGAAAUCCUCACGGCUAAAGAUGAGUUGGCCUCGCAACUUACAUCCAAACCAGAGAUCAAGCGACUUUUAGGAGUUGAAGUGGAGGAAGAGCCAGAGGUCAAGGAGCCUGAGCUGCCAAUCAUCCCAAAUUACCUGUCCAGCCCGCCCUUCAUGUAUUCAAAGCUGGACAACAAGUCAGAAAUCCUCCUGGCACAGCACCUUGCACAGAAUGGUUCAGCCGAACACAACGAGGACACACAAAGUGAUUCGCCCUCUCUUUCUCCAACUCAUGAGCCUCACAAAUCCCACAGUCUUCUAUCUGAAAGCCCCACUCCUCCAACAAACCCCACCAAUCACAGCCAAGCUCUGGUUGGGGAGUUCAUUCCUGUGACUGAGCAAAAUGGCAUGUCACCCAACUCGGCCUCGUCCCACAACCACUCUGUUGUGAACUGCGCAGUGCCCAUGGACCUGUCAGUUGAGCCGCACCUGGUUAACCAUGCAGAGUACCCGCACGCUGUGUCACACAAUGGCACCAUGUGCUCGCCUCCGUUGGCCUCACCCAGCCCCAGCUUGACCAGCAGCAGUGGGAGCCAGGUCCAGGCCCCGGUGCCCAGCUCUAACCCGAGUAUGAGCAGACAGCAGUCCAUCUCCCAGCAGCUCAACUACAGCCAGUUUGGUGGGCCCAUGCCAGCCUUCCAGCCGUUCUUCUUCACUAGCACCUUCCCUGUCAAUGUGCAAGAGCUGGUGCUGAAGGUGCGUAUACAGAACCCCAACGCUCGGGAGAACGACUUCAUCGAGGUAGAACUCGACCGCCAGGAGCUCACCUAUCGUUCCCUUCUGAGGGUCUGUUGUCGCGAGUUGGACAUCGGGGUUGAACAUGUGGAGAAGAUCCGCAAGCUGCCCAACACCAUGUUGAGAAAGGACAAAGACGUGGCUCGCCUGCAGGACUUUCAGGAGCUUGAGGUUGUGUUGGAGAAAGCAGAGGGCUUGUCUCUCUUCUCUGGGACUGGGGGCCUAACAGACCGACCCUGCUACAACAUGAAGGCGUCCCGCCUCACCUACUAGCGCUACACAAAGCUAACCCGGGUUUCUGUAUCUACCCUUAAGCAACCAUUACUAGUUGCCCGCCCAAGUUGCUUGUUACAGCUUUCCCGGCUUUGAUGUUGCGCCAACUUACUAACUGGGAUUUGUUUUUUCAAGUUCCGUAGCUAUUGUCCUCCUCUUGUCCUCCCUGGGCCCUCCUGCCGCUUUAGUGUACCCAACCAGUUGUAAGCGAUUACUGAUGCAUGGUGUCCUAGAUUAUGAGCGAAAGUAUUUGGGCCCCCCCCCCUUCCUCCUCUCUUUAUCUCUUUCUCUCCUCCCACUGCACUUUGUGCCAAGGCUCCAGUGGGACAACAGAGGGAGACAUUGGCCUGUCUUCUUUACAGACUGGACUUGAACUGGACUCUGUUAUAGCCUUAUUUGGACACAUCCCUGGCUGUAAGACAAAGGAUCUGCAUAACUCUGACCGAUACAUUCAUCAUCAGUCCACAGAAUGGGACACGUUGGACUUGCACACAGAGACUUGAAUUUCUCGUAAAUGACAAUAGAGUGGUAUCAGAUGUUCUCGCUGGCGUACACACUUUCAUACAUGCUGUAGGCAUAAACCUUAGUGUCUUUCCUGCAGAGGGCAUCGAUUACUGGCCUGAUUCCUAAAGUGGAGGUAAUCUCACACCAGAUGAGACAACAAUAUCUCCGGACUAAAAGUACUUCUAUUUCCUGAGCUCACAUACAAUACGCUUUAAUCUACAUGAACAAAAGUAUGGACACAUCGGAGUACCGGUUUCCCCUACAUACAUUUAAAUCAUUUAGGCAUACACUGUGGAAAGAGAAAUAAUCAGUUCUGUUUCAAAUGCUCUCUUUUGUGUUUUUUCAUGUGGGACAGAAACGGAUAUCUUGGAGAUAAAUGUUUGGCAACUAGUUUGUAUUUCAUUUUCUACAGUCAGUAGCACGUCUGCUUUGACCGGUGUGCUAUUAAGUUCAGUCAGCAUAACAUUUACACUGUCAACUGUGAGGUAUUUAUUUAAUUUCUUUUUAAUUAUAUUGAUUCUUACUAAUGAAGCGAGACCAUGCGCUUUAGAGUAGCGAGGCUUGAGUCCCGGUAAAUGUGGCGUUUGAGGCUUCAUCUAUAGUAUGUUCAUUUCCGUUUGCUUAUCCUGUUUGUUUUUACUGUGAUUAGAAUUAAAACCAAAAAGUAAUCUAGCCAGCAAAGAUACAACAUGUAGAUUAAACUAUUGCUGCUUCAGAUCAGAAUGCAGCUGUGUAAGAUGUGUGAAGUGAAGAAGAAAGAGACUUUAGAAGGGGACUUAAGUAAGUUUGACACUUGGUUUUAUGAUUGAACGCUUCCUUUUCCUCCGGCACUAAUCUAAAUUGUUACCAUUUGUCACAUGUUAUUUAUAUGGUAAAUGUAUUUCCUUAAUAUAUCAUAACAUAUGUAUGGCUUUAGUGCGGUUGUCGAGGCCAGCAUAGUGCUAGUAUACUGUUUCUUUGAUUGAAGGAACAUUUCAAAGGUAACGUUUUCUAUCGGGUAGCUUAAUCAGAGGUGUCGCUGUCUUACUUCAAUGUAUACUGACAAUAUGACUACAUUAAAGCCCUUGUACUGUACAGUAAGAGUUUAAAAGGUUAAGAGGCACCGUCUCGUUGUGUCGGAGGGUGAUGUUUAUGCUGCUUUCAUCAACACUUUAUAUUCCCUUUUAAUUCUGAAUGCUGGGGCUCAUUUCUUUGAAGCAGUGCAGUAGCCGGCCACUACACAUUACACAUACAAUCAAAAACCCAGUAGUAAUUGUUUACUGUUGAGAUGUAUACCCAAAGCUCUUACUGUCAUUUGUAUGUUUUAUGAUAUAUUUUGUAUUAAUUUUUAUCUUUUUCUUUUUUUAACCAGUUAGGCCUGUUGUGUUUGUGUCAAAAAAAAAAGUCUACUAUAGAAAGGAAAUAGUUCAGAAGUGGGGAGAAAAGUGCUGUCGUUGAAUCUAAGUGCAAUGUGGGGGCAUAAGAAUGUGUUUCCUGGAAGUUGCAGUGGGGAGAAAGGACUACCAAGAGUGCUUAUUUUCUGUUCCUGUAACAUGCUUUAUUUAGUGAAGUUGUGCCUCACGCUAAAGGCAGGAGCUUGGUGGAGAAAGUGGGUCGAUGAGUGGGGAGCAGCACAUCUGAAGUGGGUUUUUAUAGGAUCUUCUUUGAUUCUGGGGAACUGAAAUAACUAACAUUGUAUUUGUGGGGUUGCUUAUUGUUCUAGAAAAAGCAGAAUACAUUUUGACCUAACCUAUGCAUUCAGAGUCUGAUAUUUUUAUAUACAGUUCGUCCCGUGUACCUAAUAGAACUGAUUUUAGGCACUGUACAACGUGUGUUAUUACGUCCUGGAGGCCUGCAUCUGUUCUUUGAUAAAGCAUGGUGAAUUACUUUCCUCUUUUUCUCAAACUGACCUUCUGUGUGCUAAACAAAAACCAUAUUGUUCAUCUGACUCAUUGAGGUCAUUUUGAUGUAAUGAGUAUUGAACUUGAUACUCGUUUUAAAUCAAGGGACCAGUUACAUGUUUUGUUUGGCUUUUGUUGCAGGUUAUCAUUUGGUUUUUACCUGCAUGUGUGUGUUCUGGAUGUUGAGAUAAACUCCCCCAAAAUCUUUUUCAAUGUAUGUGUCGACAGAGAGCCACUAGAGGGAGCAGAAGUGCAAAUAUUAACAUUAGAGUAACCUAAUAGGUAUUCCACUGUAGGUCAUAAUCAGAGGAUCGCUUUGUUUUUGUUGCUUGAAUUUAAUUAAAUUCAUAAAAAGUAUUUUAAAAUA